CAUAAUGCAAGAAGGAGGGCUAGAAAGGGCCCAUGUCCCGAAAGAUGUAGAUGUUGCGGCAGCCGGCAGAGGUGUUUGGCUUGUGAAGGUCCCGAAGUAUCUCUCUGAAAAAUGGAAGAAAAGUACAGGAAAUAAUGAUGUUGGAAAACUGAAGAUAACUACAUCCAAAUUUCCCGAUCAGAAGCCCAAUGUGGUGUUCACACUGAAUGACAGUCUCGCCAACCAGAAGAUACCAGGGGAACAGCCUUGUCCCAAAGAACAUAAGAUGAAGCUCACAGGACUGGGAAAUCAAAACCUUGUUGUAUUCUCACAAAUCCCUUUACCCACAACAAAAGAUGGAGAAGCUGGAAUAUCAGAGUCUAUGCCUUCAGAAAAAAUUGCCCUAGAGGGUCGGGUCAUUCAACGGGCAGAGUGUACACCCUUAAUCAAGGACAACAAAUACUUAGACCUUAAAAGACUUCAUACAGAGGUUACCAACCGACCAAGGAGAGAGGUCAUACAGAUUGAUACAGUAGUGGCAUCAUACAAGCCAGUCAGUAACCACAGAUUUAAUGUAAUGCAUGAUGAAAAAGUGAAGAUUGCAGGAAAACGACUGCGAGCAGACAAAGACAAAGUAAUGGACAUGUUAUUUAAUGCCUUUGAAAAGCACCAGUACUACAAUGUAAAGGACCUGGUGACGCUGACUAAACAACCAAUUACAUACCUGAAGGAGAUAUUGAAGGAAAUAUGCACCUACAAUAUGAAAGCUCCUCACCGCAACAUGUGGGAACUUAAACCAGAAUACAGACAUUAUAAGGAGCAAGCACCAGCCGAUGGAUAGCAGUUCUAGAUUUGAUUGGAUGCCAAAAUAAAACUGUAACUAGAUCUUCUGAUGUUUUCUAGACUUAAGUCAGUAAAGAAGUUUUUAACAUAACUAGAUUGUUUUGCGAGACGUAAAACCAUUGCUCUUCAAUAAGCCCACCGUCACUUAAUGUCGGACUGUGGAUACAGUAGCUAUCACAUGGUGAUUCUAAGACUAUCACAUAAAGAGCGUUCUUAUCAGAAGACCGUAGUUGUCAGAACUUCAGAGAAAAGCUACAUUGCUGA